AUGACGAUGAAAAUUUUCAAGAGUUACAGGAACUGUCCUGUCCUGCGGGAUCGAAUAGUCGUAAGCACUGGGCCAUUCGGAUAUUCGAUAGCUGCCACGUGCUUGGGAUUUGCUACAUUGGCCACCAUACUUUAUGGAUGCAUAUGGGCAGUCGAAGGUGCGGUUUUAGAUGAAGAGUUUGGGUUCGAAAUGCCGCUUGCUAUCAAACUUACAAGCUUAAUCUCGACGCUAUUCUUGUUCUCGGUGCUAUUCAAAAGCGUAAACAUGGCGUAUAUGCUUUCAGCAUCGUUCUAUAGCUAUACCCUUUUACACACGAUGCUACUUGCAGGUGUGAUGGAUUAUCAUGAUACAAGCGUCGAAGAUACUAAGGAACUCUACAGACUUCUCUUCUACGAACCCAGCACAGUGUCAUAUUAUAUAUUCCUCACGCUCUCUAUAGUCAGGCUGGUUGUGACGUUCCCUUUGGCCUACUACGUGCUAAUACUGGCGACCAUUCGCGUCAACGGUGGGACCGGAUGGGAGUGCAAACCUGCUCUAGAGCUAGAAAAGGAAAACAUGGACACAAAUUUAGAUGAACUCAAAAAAAGAAAGGAUUGGGUAAACACAGUGGUAAGCAAAAAAAUGAGGGAAGUAGCAUUUGAGUCACCUCGCUAA